CGGCCGCGGUCGGACGCCCGCUGUGGCGCGCGGCGGGAGGAGCGAAGAUGGCGGGAGGGUGCGGCCAAGAGGCUGAUGGGAUUGUGGCGGACCCAGCGGCAAAAUGGCGGCCGUGCGGCCAGGGAGAGGCUCCUUCAAGGUGCUCUCCUCAGUUCCUCUUCAGAUGCUGUUUCACCUCAGUGGGCUGUACUAUGCCCUGUACUUCCUAGCUACACUCCUGAUGAUUGCAUAUAAAAGUCAGGUUUUCAGCUAUCCUCGUAACUAUCUGGUCCUGGAUCUGGUCCUCUUGUUUGUGAUGGGAGUUCUCGAAGUAGCUCGGCUAUACCUAGGCACAAAAGGGAACCUGACAGAGACCGAAGUGCCACUGGCUGCCAGCCUUGCAUUCACAGCAAUCAAUGGCCUCCUUUCCGUUCACUUCUUGCUCUGGCAGACCUUGGUACUGUGGCUGGACACAGUUUUCAACACCAUUCUCUUAGUGCUGCAUGGGCUGGAGAUUGGCCUGCAGGUGGUGGUCAUUGCCAACUUCAUCAGGUAGAUGGUCCUGGGUAACCUGCACAGCAGAGGGCUCCUCAGCCUCCAGCCAACUUUUUUGCCAAGACAAGGAGGGUACCUUUUUUUAAUUGAUUGUCUAUAGAUAGUUUUAUAUGGUUUCUAAUAUUUUUUUAGUGA